AUGUCGGGGACAAAUGUGGUGGACUCGCAGUCGGGAGAGGAUGAGACGGUUCCCAGAGCUGUUUGCCCAGUGUUUCUGGUUCCCACUCUGAUGAAAGCAACAGUAGAUGAUGAAUCGCCUUGUCCUGGCUACCUAUUUGAAGAAAUCGGAAAAAUCUCCCAGGAGUCCACUGGGUGUGGUCAGUUCCUGUUGGAGUACCUGUUGAAGAGGCUGGAGGUAGAAUCCUGCCAUGUCAAAAUAAAGGUUCUGAAGAUCUUCGUCCAUCUCUGUGGCCACGGAUCGCCUCACUUUCUGACAGAACUUAGACGGAACUCCACCUUCAUCCAGCAGGCCUCAGUUUACAGUGGUCCCCCUGAUCCCAUCCAUGGCAUUGCUCUGUAUCAGAAAGUGAGGGCCACAGCACAGGACAUAGUCAGGUUACUUUUCUCAGGCACAGCCUCUCCCCAGAGCAGCAAACUAGCCAUGCCCAACAUGGGUGAGUACAUUAUAUUGUUGUUAUUCCAUGUUCUGCAUGUCUACCUUACAUUUACAUGUUAGUCAUUUAGCAGGUGCUCUUAUCCAGCACUACUAACAAUUAGUGCAUUCAUCUUAAGAUAGCUAGGUGGGACA